CCCCGUCCUACAGCAAGCACCAAAACCACCAGCACAGCCUGGUUCCUCCUGUGGCGUUUUCCUCUUUUCUAAUGCUAUAAGCCAAUAUUCUUGCUAAAAACUGCUCCUCGGCCGAGUUCUGCCCCCUUUCCCCUCACCACACCACUUUUUUUCUCUCUUUGCCUCGCUGCUGCUGUUCUGGAAUUAGCUUGUGCUUCUCUCGUGUGCUGCUUUUUGACUACCAUAUAAAGUUGGCCAGCCGUCCCGCUCCACCCAAACCAACCACUCCUCCAACACUUUUUUGCUCUGCCCCUCACCUUUGGCUUUGCCUUGCUUUUCUCUUUUUUUCUUCAUCUCUUCCGUAAAAGCAAAAAAGAAACUCCUGCUCUGUUUUUCUCUCUUCCAGCAGACAUCUUCAUCUUCUUCAUUUUUAUAAUAUACCCCUUUCCUCUCUUCCUAUUAAACCGCAACAAUGGCCACCACCGCUGACGCCUCCAACCUGCCCGGCCGCAUUGAGACGCUCACUCCCGCCGAGGAUGAGAAGCUCCGCCAGACCUGGGCCGCCCUCUUCAAGAUCUACGAGCUCGCCGAUGGUGAGAGCUCCGUGCCCUCCACGCCCGUAGUCGAGCAGACCCCGGAGCCUGCUUCCCCGGCCUCUACGCGCCGCACCAGCCUCUUCCGCUGGCGCUCGGCUUCCAGCGCAACCACACCUGCGCCUGAGCCCGCGGCCGCUCUGGGCACCGCUGAGGACCGCUUCCACCGCGAGCUCCUCUCCAAGUAUCUUGUUGGCGAAAAGGCCAGCACCCUCAAGUCCAUCAUCAGCAACAUGUCCAAGCAGGACCAUCCUGACAGCUUGCUACUGCGCUUCCUCCGCGCCCGCAAGUGGGUGCUCGAGGACACCCUCAACAUGCUCUUCACCGUCCUCAACUGGCGCCACAAGGAGAUGCACGUUGACGACGACAUCAUGUUCAAUGGUGAGGGCAAGGCUGCCGACGAGGAAAAGAAUGGCGACGAAAAGACAAAGGCCAUUGCCAAGGGCUGGCUCGACCAGCAGCGCAUGGGCAAGAGCUUGUGGCACGGCCUCGACAAGCAGAACCGUCCCAUCAGCGUUAUCCGCGUCAAGAGCCACAACCCCAAGGCUCAGCCUCCCGAGAGUAUGGAGCGCUACAUUGUCCACCUCAUUGAGACUGCCCGUCUCUUCCUCACUCCUCCCAUCGACACUGUUUGCGUCGUCUUCAACCUUACCGGCUUCUCCCUCAGCAACAUGGACUACCACGCUGUCAAGUUUGUCAUCCAGUGCUUCCAGACCAACUACCCCGAGUGCCUCGGUGUCCUGCUCAUCCACAACGCCCCUUGGAUCUUCCAGGGCAUCUGGAAGAUCAUCCACGGCUGGCUCGACCCCGUCGUCGCCGCCAAGGUUCACUUCACCAACGGCCGCGCCGGCCUCGAGGAGUACAUUGCUUCCGACCGCCUGAUCAAGGAGCUUGGUGGUGAUGAGGAGUGGGACUUUGACUUUAUCGAGCCUGUUGACGGUGAGAACGACCUCAUGAAGGACACUGCCACCCGCGACAAGCUCCAAGAGGAGCGCCGCGUCCUCUUCGCCAAGUUUGAGGAGGUCACCCGCAAGUGGGUUGCCGCCGAGGACGAGGAGUCCCGCAAGAAGCUCAACGCCGAGCGUGUUGAGACCGCCAACGAGCUCACUGCCAACUACUGGAGACUCGACCCCUACAUCCGUGCCCGCUCCCACUUUGACCGUUGCGGCACCAUCCAGCCCGACGGCUCCCCCGUUGUCUGGUACAACCCUGUCCCUACCUCUGCCAAGAAGAGUGCCGAUGCUGCUGCCGUCGAGGAGAAGCUUGCUGAGGUCACAAUUAGCGACACCAAGGGUGCUACUGAGGUGACACAUACCGAGCAGGCUGCUGCCGUUGCUGCUGCUUAGACGGAGACUGGUGAUGAUGUAGACGUGAAGGACCGAGUUGUCUUUUUUUUUCUUUCCUGUUGUCUACGCGAUAACGACUUGUUGCUUUUCUUGCCUCUUGCACUAUGAUAUCUUUGUAUUUUCAAAUUGGGUUCUCCUGCUUUUCGUCGUUUUUGAAUAUACCAUCAUUGAAACUAGCCC